AUGAAUAUACUUGCCACGACGCUGGACGCGAUAACAUCAACCUCAAGGAUCAAUGCAAUGCCACCAUGGUUUCAGCAAUCUACUCUAUGGAUUCUGAUUAUUGGGAUCGUGAUCGCGUUCAUUCUUGGCGCUGGAAUGGGGGGAAAUGAUGUGGCGAAUGCGUUUGGGACAAGUGUCGGCUCGAAAGUGGUCACAAUCUUUCAAGCCUACAUCCUCGCCACAAUUUUUGAGACACUCGGAGCCGUGCUUGUUGGUACAUAUGUGGUGGAAACAAUGCGUAAAGGUGUGGUGGAAACGAGUUUGUACAUCGGUGAGGAGAAACUCUACAUGCUUGGACAGCUCGCCAUUCUUGGCGGUUGUGCAGCGUGGUUAUUGCUGGCGACAGUUCUGAAGAUGCCCGUCUCAACAACUCAUUCAAUUGUUGGUGCUACUGUUGGUUUUUCUCUUGUUUGCCAUGGUUUUGAAGGGAUUCAGUGGAAAGAGAUUGGAAAAAUUGUUGGAUCAUGGUUCCUCUCACCGGCUCUCUCUGGAUUCAUCUCCUCGAUUCUCUAUCUAAUUGUCGAUCAUUCCGUUUUACGAAGGAAUCAACCCGUCGAGGCGGGUUUCCGAGCGUUGCCGAUCUUCUACGGCGUUUGCGUUGGUGUGAACGCGUUCAUGGUCACCUAUCAGGGAACUCCUUUACUCAAAUUGGACAAACUCCCGUGGUGGGCGGCGUUGUUGAUCUCGAUCGGUGUCGCAUUGAUCGUUGGCUUCGGUAUCCAUUUCAUUCUCAUCCCGCGGCUGCGGAGGAAAAUUCGAGAUGAGCAAAAAAAGGCGCCUGUCUCGAUGGGAAAUGGAUCCGAGGAGAGUUCUGGAGGAAACUCACCAGCUUGGUCGAGCCCGAACGAGCUCGAGUCGGCAAAGCAAAGACAACAAGAAACUCUGCCGAUGCCUGGGAGACCCGUUUCAACAAAACCGAAGACCGGCCUUCAAUGGUUUCUCCCCGAUCCAAACCGUGUCGAAUCCCCAGAAGUGCUUCGUCUUUUCGCCAUCAUUCAACUCUUCACUGCUUGUUUUGCCGGUUUUGCGCACGGAGCCAAUGAUGUUAGUAACGCGAUUGCCCCACUCGGUGCCCUCAUCGCCGUCUACAGGGAUUACGAUGUCCAACAGGCAGCACCCGUCCGUUCGUAUGUGAUUUUGUACGGUGUGCUGGGGAUUUGUGUCGGCUUGUGGCUGUUGGGACAUCGAGUGAUCAAGACGGUCGGCACGAAUAUGAGCGAGAUCACACCGGCUAGCGGUUUCACCAUCGAAUUUGGCGCAGCGAUGGCUGCAUUGAUCGCCAGCAAAGCGGGACUUCCCAUCUCGACCACUCAUUGCUUGGUCGGCUCGGUGGUUUGUGUGGGUUUUUUGCGUAGUCGAAAAAACGUGGAUUGGCGUCUUUUCGGGAAUGUGGCUCUCUCGUGGGUUGUCACUCUGCCCGUCGCUGGUUUCAUCUCUGCCGGUAUCAUCUUUGUACUCAAGAAUAUCGCUCUU